AUGACGGAUCCUCAGGUCCAAAGCCCUUUAUCAGGUCAAGAGGAUUACCUUCUGCGCCGAGAGGAAUCCCAUCUCGAAUUGGAGCGGCCGGAGAGUACCUUUCUUCAGUUCUUCAAACAGUCUCUCGUCUACGCGAGUCCGUACUGUACGGACCCAGCCUGCUGUGCCUUUAUCGACCACACUCCCGAUGGAUUGCUAGGAACAGCCAGCCGAGCCUUGCCAAAUCAGCCGCCCGACGAAGCCUUGUAUUAUCCUCUGGCUCUAUUUGAGAAUCUGCAGGAGUUGCCACCGUCCGCCGUGGUGCGCAACCUCGCGCGCAGAUAUCAUGACCGAUUCCCAUGCUCAGCGCCCUUCAUUGCUCGAGUCUCGUCUCUUACUGAUAACCAUUCGGACCAAACCUUCCACAUACUCCUUUCGAAAGCACUGUUGGGAGCCGCCACGUCCGAAGAACCCGACCUACGGUCUCUGACCCAGGUGCUGUGGCGGGCUUGCGUGUCUCUCUGCAACGGAUUAGUUGAAAUCGAUAACGGUCAAGGCAGAUCGCUGGAGUAUCUCGCCGCGAGCACUCUCGUGGUCGCCUUUGGCUGCAUGCAGGCAGACGUCGAUGUCUGGGGCCAGACUGAUAUCACCAGUGGAUAUGUCCAAGCGACUCUCUAUCGCACUGAUCUCUUGGGCAAAUCGAAUCCGAGGAGCGGGCGACUUGAGCCUCAGCCUGAGGCUUUCCAGGUGCAGGCUUCAGCUCUCAGGAGCUUCUACCUUUUGGUCGACACUUUACGCUCCAUACACUAUCACACUCCGGCUUUGGCCGACCCUAUCUGGACCAUCGAGCUCGGGCCAGAAUCUGAACAUGAUCUCAGAAGUCUUUGCGAAGAUCUAGUUCAGAGUCGGCACGAUCUACCUCCAGGCCUUUCUCUAGGGGACCUCCUGCUCGUUCUUGUCAGCAUCCUUUCCGAUAUCAACACCCUCUUAUGUUCCUUAGGGCCUCUGACGACUCCCUUCCGAAAGGUCAGAGACAGACUGGAAAGUCUAGGUGACGAACGCCAACGGCAUCACUUGAUCACGGAUGCCUCUUUCCCUUCUCCUUCGCACUCGCCAUCCGAGUCCACAGCUUUGCGGUUAGACUAUAACCCGUAUGUUCCUUGUACUAUCGAUUCCGAGUAUGACCGUCUCCGGAGAGGAUUGCGCCGAGCGUUGGAUACUCUGGAGUCAUCUUUGAGGUCUCGUCCCGCAGACUUCGAUGGAGACACUAAUGUGUCUAGUUCGACAUGCCUGACGCUGCUGCACUUGUCGAGGCUCUUCCUGGAAGCCGGGCCAGUGAUUCACAUUGUUCCGUCGCUGGCCGGAUACGAGUCAAUGCAUCAUCAGGCCAUUCCACCUCAUAUUCCACGACCGUGCCUGCCUCACAUGGCGGGGAUACACUUCGAUGACCAUAUCUUGAAGGUGGCGAUCGAGAUUCUAGAUUCGACCGAUGCUGAGAACAAAGCACAACAAUCUCAGCAUGGCCAGUCAACCCAAGGAACUCACGCGGAAAAGUUCUGUCCAAUGUGGUCCCCGCUUGCUCUGUUCUACGGAGCGCUGGCCGUUUGGGCUCGGCUGAGCGAUGAGGCGCGCACAGAGAGUGCUCACGCUGUCACAAUACCUCUACGGAAGUUGCUACAUAUGUUUCAUACGGAACUGGACAAUCUCAAGAAUGACUGGGACUGUGCCCGCAAAAUGGCAGAUGUUGUUGGAACCUUGCUGCUUUGA